AACGGCGAUAUAUCAAUCCUUGCGUGAUCCCGUCUUCUCGCCUUCUCCGCCUCCGCGCAGCGACGCUCCCCGGCUACCCCGCCCCAUCCGCCAGCCCGCUGCCGGCAGCAGCCUCCCCUCCCCCGCCGUCGCGCUUCCGGAGGAAGCAGAUCGGAGAAGGUGAUCGGCUGCGAUGGCCCGCUUGUACGUCGGGAACCUGGAUCCUCGGGUGACGGCACGGGAGCUCGAGGACGAGUUCCGCACCUUUGGAGUUCUUCGGAGUGUUUGGGUUGCUCGGAAACCACCAGGCUUUGCAUUUGUUGAUUUUGAUGACAAGAGGGAUGCUGAGGAUGCAAUCCGUGAUCUUGAUGGCAAGAAUGGAUGGAGAGUUGAGCUAUCACGUAGUGCCAGCAGUGGUCGUGGUGGUCGUGAUCGGGGGUAUGGUGGAUCUGAGUCUAAGUGCUACGAGUGUGGUGAGACUGGGCACUUUGCUCGUGAGUGUCGUUUGAGGAUUGGUUCUGGAGGUCUAGGCAGUGGAAGGCGCCGAAGCAGGAGCCGCAGCCGCAGCCGCAGCCGUAGUCCCAGAUACCGCCGGAGUCCAAGUUAUGGAAGAAGAAGCUACAGUCCUGCAGCGCGCUCUCCAAGGCGUCGUAGUGUGUCACCAGCCCCAGCUCGUGGACGCAGCUAUAGCAGGUCACCGCAGUACAACCGUGCACGGGAGACAUCUCCCUAUGAUAACGGACACCGCCGCAGCAGGAGCUAGAGCAAGAUAUUUGUGUCUGACGGAUUGCUCUUUGGCCCGUCAGCUAUAAUCAAUAACCUACUUGAAAGAUCCAUUGCCGACUGCUUGACUUUUGGUUAAGGUUCUCAUAACUUUUAUCUAUCUUAUUAUGCCUGUGUUUACUUUAUAAUCAGUAGUAAAACAUAUUGGUGGGUGUAUCUAUUGAACUAAGACCAGCUGUCUUUUCUUGUGUGGUAUAAAGGCAUCGUCCUGCACUGCUUAAACGACUCGGCCGACUACGGCUCAGUUAUGUCUUCAUGGUUUUGUUCUGCGCUCUUCAUUCUUCGCACGCCCUCGCAUGCUUCAUUCAGACAAAUGCCGCAUGUUAGUCUGCCUACAGCUCCUCUUCAUGAUCCAUUUGCCUCGUUGAAGAUGCUGCGCAUCGCAAAGCAGUAAUGAUCUUCCUUCUCAUACCAUUUGGUAAGGUUUGAUUGUGCUGACUAAUGCAGCAUCUGGUAAGUUUCUCCGUAGGCUGGGUCACCGUAAACUGCUCCUGGUUCAGGAACUGCAGUGUUUAGAUGGAUGACUCACCUGUGCAUCACGUAUAAUGCCUUGCUUCGGAGAAACCAGGUAAGUGAGUGCCAGAAAGAUAACUGACCAGGCUGAUUGCUACAUUGAGUCGACUUCUGGCUUUGCUCCACGUUUGCCACAUGCCACCACGCGUUGCCUGCCUUCAACAGAGGACGACUGUUGCAAUCAGCACAGGAAGUCUUCUCGCCUUCUGCCUCGUCACUGCAUCAUCCUGAUCGACAUUCUUCAUAGAUGCCUGCUACGAGCGCCUUCCUGAUUGGUGUUCUUCAUUAGAGCCCGCGAUGAAGCCAAAUCAUACGUCUAUCAUAUGCUGUCAUUUUCUGGUUAUUUUUGCAGAUGAUAUAUUACCUUCAGCUUAUAAUCCUGUUGGAUAGGUUAAAUGUUGGGACUAAAGAUGGUAGAAUGUCGGAUGCUAUUGGAUAUAUACACAAAUGGUAGAUACAUUCUGGUAACCA